AUGGCGGAGGACUGCAGCUAUUGGAGUAUGAGACCAACAAACACUACAAGAAAAGACAAGAAAUAUUAUGUGGUGGAAUUUGACGAUGGUGUCGCCGUGGUUUCCUACAGCUGGUUGCGUUCACCCAAUCAGAAAAACCAAGGGUUUACUUGCUACUGGCCAGAUGGUCGAACUUCUAGCCGCAUAAGGAGAAUGGCCAAGGAACAUGCCCCAGUUGACCAGAAGGAGUGGACAAUACAUGAUGUGAGGCUUCUUGCUUCCUCUGAUGAUUGGAAUAGAGUACUAGAGAAGGAGAUCAAGUCCCAGGAAACUUCCUGCAUCGACACGGAAGAAGAGGACAGAAGUCCGAGGAUGGCAAAACGGCAAUCUCGUCCUCCAUCUCGUUUUGAUGAAGAAGAUAGCAUGUCCAUGGACGAGGAGAACCAAAUGCCCGCCACUCAUGUACGUUGCUCGACUGGUGAAGGUUCAUUGACUACCAUGACUACUUCGACUACCUCUAGUGCCAGGAGAUGUUCAACUCCAAAUUUGAGCCUAGUUGAAAGAAGUCCAUCUGUAGAACAUCUUGUCUCACCUCGAGGUAGCAAUACAGGUUUUGAAAAAACAGUUUUGAAAUUGCUGACAGAGUUGUCACUGGAGGGAAAAGAACUGAGGAAACAAGUUGACUACAACUCGUCACUUUUGAUGGAGUUGUCUGUUGCAGGGCAGAACAAGGACACCCCAUUAGAUGUAGAUAUUGAUCUGCCAGUAGCAUUGCCCUUGUUGACACUUGAAGAUGUUCAAACAUUGGAGACAUCCCUGAAAGACCAAGUUUUGACAAAGAAAUUGAUGGAACCCUACACACCCAAAGAUCAAUGA